UUGUUGUUCUUCUACUCACUCACAAAUCAAUUCUUCAUUUUCUCAGAAGACAUCAGAACACACGACCAUCUCUCUGUCGCCUUAAAAGCCUCUUCUUACCAUGGCAACGACAGCAACAUCGGCGGCUCCAUCACCUGGAUCUGUUCAGAAACACGAUGAGGAGUGGCGUGCGGUUCUGUCUCCUGAACAAUUUAGAGUUCUCAGGAAAAAGGGAACAGAAGCCCGAUUCAAAGGAGAAUAUACAAAACUGUUCGAGGAAGGAACCUAUGCGUGUGCUGGCUGUGCGACUCCUCUUUAUAAGUCCACCACCAAGUUCGACUCUGGUUGUGGCUGGCCUGCCUUCUUCGACGCUAUUCCUGGUGCCAUUAUACAAACUCUGGAGCCAGAUGGGAAGAGAGUUGAGAUCACAUGCGCAAAAUGUGAUGGACAUUUAGGUCAUGUUUUCAAAGGAGAAGGAUUCCCCACGGCUACCGAUGAGCGUCACUGCGUCAACAGUGUUUCUCUUAAGUUUAAUUCUUCCGAAACUUCCUCCUGAUAAAUCGAUAUAUAUCCAUUUAUUGUUUGGACCAAUUCUUCUCCUACAAGAGAAUAAAAAAAUUGAGUCUAGUCGUUUAACGAACAACUUAUGCAAGAUGGAACAAAAAAUGUGGGAUUAGAAAGUCAUAGCUUCAGGUAUAAAUAUUGAUGAAUUCAGAUGAUCCGAGCAAGAAGAAAGAGCAACUAAGGGAACCCAAGAGAGCAGCGUAGAGAAGUUAAUUAGUGUAAUUUAUCGUGUGUUGAGAUUCAAGUCUUGUUCUUAGGUUUUUUUACUCUAGUUUCUGUAUUGUACCUAAACACAAGAGUGACCAAGUUAAAGUUUGUGUAAUCCUUUGGUAAUCAAUUUUUGUGUCGUUAGUUUCAA